GAAAAGGGGAAAAACAGAGAGAAAUCCUUCCCGUCAAUGGCCGCCUCCCCUUCCAAGGCCGCUAGGGUUUAACUCCAGCUUCUCUCGCCGCCCCCUCCUCGAUCAGAUACUGAAAUACCUGGCAGCCCCAUGGGGUUCCUGGAGGAGGCUAGGGAGAACCACGUCAAGAAGAAGGUCGAGGAAGCUUUGCGCAGCAAAAUGAAAGCAAAGGCCCUCAAGGAAUGUGAUGUACUGUGUUCAAAAUAUGCCGAGUGUGCUCGGGGAAGAACUUUGUCUGUGGUAUGGACAUGCCGCAAACAAGCCAAAGAGUUGAAUAACUGUCUUCAUCAAUUCACAAAUGAUGCAAUACUGGAAGACAUGAAGAAGGCUUACAUGGCCGAGGAAGAGAGCAAGGAAAAGAAACAAUAAUCUUUAUGCGAUGGACAAUUUGAAAGUCAAGGUUCUCCAUGCCUGUACGUACUGCUGCUUUUGUAAUUCGGCAGUUGCUUACUGGUUGUAUUUGUUGAUUGAUGCUGAUAUCUGGGGGAGCUUCUGUAAACGUUUGGAUUUGUCCAGAUGUAUAACCUGGUAGUAUAAUCUCAAGGCUUCCAUGUAGUAUUAUGUUGCUUCGGGCAACUGGUUUAGCUGGCCAGUGUUCACUCUGAACUUCUCAAGUCAAUCAAUAAUGGAAUCAUUUACACAA